ACCGAGAGGCUGGGGAAGGUAGAGCGGCACCAGAGGGGCGGGCGCCUUUAGGCGCGGGAGUGGCGGGCUCAAGUGGGCAUUGUUAACGGUCGCCCGCUCGCCGGUCACCCGUGUCUCCCGCCACCUUCUGCCGGCGUCUGCGCUCGGCACCCAUCAGAAGCAAGAAGACCAUGGUUCUGUCUGCUCGAUGUAGCUUCAUAAGCAGGAUGUGGUGAGCUGUCUCUGACAGAGUGAAGUCCCAGAGACGAAGCCAGGCAGACACUGGCUGGGAACCCUCAGCCUUCCCUGGCCGGCCUCUCGGGGGUUUCCUGCUUCCUGAGAGCAGCAAUGGAAAAGCCUGUGACUAGGAAAAAGAAGAACCAGGCCCCAAAGGAGGAGGCAGGUGUGCAAAAGGCCACUGUCAAAGGAGAGAAAACACCAAAGGGGAAAAAGCCAACCAAGAAGCCACGAAAGCCCCGCAGACCCCGAAAAGAGCCUGUCCUGAGUCCCGAAGAUGAAGCACAUAUCUUUGAUGCCUUCGAUGCCUCAUUUAAAGAUGACUUUGAGGGUGUCCCCGUGUUUGUUCCUUUUCAGAGGAAGAAGCCCUAUGAGUGCAGUGAGUGUGGACGGAUCUUUAAACACAAGACAGACCACAUUCGCCACCAGAGAGUUCACACUGGAGAGAAGCCCUUUAAGUGUGACCAGUGUGGGAAGACCUUCAGGCACAGCUCAGAUGUCACCAAACAUCAAAGAAUUCACACCGGCGAGAAGCCCUUUAAGUGUGGGGAGUGUGGGAAAGCCUUCAACUGUGGCUCCAACCUUCUGAAACACCAGAAAACGCACACUGGAGAGAAACCUUAUGGCUGUGAGGAGUGUGGAAAAUCCUUUGCCUACAGCUCCUGCCUCAUCCGGCAUCGGAAGCGUCACCCGAGGAAGAAGCACUGAGCAGGGCGGCCUACAACUGUGGAUCCUGGUCAGACACCUAAUGACGGUCAGAGUUCUUAUGCAGUGUGCUGUUGAUGGCCCAUCUGGCCACCCGUCUCUGUCAUUGAAAGGAAAAUCUACCCAACAGACAUGAGAGCCCACAGAGACUUUCUGCCCUGCGAGUCUACACUUAGUGGUGACACGGUGCUCCCCAGGGCUUCCUGAAGCUCCAGCCAUUUCCCAGACUACUUUAUUCUACUCAGGGCCAUCUUUGGAACAGCUUUGGGUCACCCCUGUUGACAAGGGCCACUGCCUUCCUCUGCUGCUUCUGUCUGUGCCAACCAUAUGCUUUUGUCUCUUCUUUUGAAGGCUUCUGGCUCUGCAUGUCCAGCCCCAUGCAGUCUACUAGGAGCAAGGAACCCUGAGGUGGAUGACAGGCAGCACUCUGACCAACUCUGAGGACCAGUCCCCUUGGACAGCACCAAGUCCUGCUCAUCUCUGUGCAGCUGACUUUGGUGAUCCUAAUUUUUUCCCUCUGGCUGAAACAACAGUCUUUGAGCUCAACCCCUGGGCCUAGAACUGGGCUGCAGUGUGUUCCCCUGUCCCGGCCACAUCUUAGACAAGUCUCCUGGAUCCACCCAAAGUCUCAGCAGACCCUUGCACCCUGGCAUAGUGGCAGAGUUUUUAGAUUAGGUCUUGUAACUCCAGGGUGCCAUCAGCAGCUUCUAUCCACUGUACCUUCAAAAACAACUGUGGCCUGCCCCUCAGCAGCCCACCAUUCAGGUCAAUUCCACUUCCUGCUGGUCAGCAAGGCAAGACCAUGUGAGUGUGUCGACCCUCUGUCCCAAGUGCUCUGUGAGGUCUGUGUUCUAAAGAUGGCAAGUGACUGCUGACCAGGAGGAAGCCAGAAGAUGCUAUUGGAUCCUCUGGAAGAGGAGUUACAGUUAGUCAUUAGUCACCUUUGGAGAUACUGGGAACCAAAUCCUGGACCUCUGGAGGAGCAGCAAGUGCUUAAUGAGAGCAGAUACUCAUUCAUACAUGUGGAAGGCCAGCCUGCAAGCUAGCAGCCCUGGAUACUCCUUACCCACAGGGGACAGCUGAACUCAACAAAGUCAGCAUGGAAAAGAGUGGAGGGUUUUUGCUUUUUUGUUUUUUUUUACCAAUUGCAAUUCAUGAUUAUGGGAAACGUCAUCCAACCAAACCAGCAGGAGGAAGUCUUGGGUCAGCCCCAGCAGAAGUAGGAACAUGUCAGACUGCUGCUUAUGUUGUCCUCUGAGUGUGUGCUGCUGGGUCUCAGCACAUAGCUGGAGCACCAUAUCCCUCAGCACCCUUCAAAGUUCUUUGGGUAGCCAAGAGAACCAGUUUGCACUUAACCCACCUCUCCCUUUGCUGUCUCCUAGAGAGUGAGGGAGGAACCGCCUCUUAUCAUUUACCCAGACUGUUCUUUGUUUUGUCUAGGCUGCCUGAGCAGAUCUCUCCAAGAAGCUCAGAGAACUCAAGAGAGUCAGUGUCUACCUCUACCACAGAGCACAGCAGAGACCCACUGGGUCAUGCUCCAGGGAGGCUGUCAUCAUAGAAUCCAUUGGCAACAAGAAAGCUGUGAGUGGGUGAGCUCAGGGAGGCUUUUUGGACUCCAUGUGGUGACUACAGGUCACUUUCGCUUGUUCCCACCCUGAAGUUAAGAUGGCCACAGCAUUCACGAGCAACUGAAUGUCUGAGUUCUGCUCACUGAAGUCUACUGAGGAAUCCCCAGCACCAACUCUGUACUUCAGUGAGAGACAUUGUGAAUAACCACCUGGGAACAAACAAAAUGUUCAGAACCUUCUAGAUGUCUUGAGAUGGGUCCUGGGGCAACUAAGAACACUCCAGCAAAGUCCUGGGAUUCUAAUUACAGAAAUGCAUUCAACUGCAGCCAGAGAUGUCCUACAAGUCCAAGGCACUCCGUUCCUCAGCACCUCAGCUGCCGUGUCAGGCGGGCCUUGUCCUGCAGAAGAGCUCUGACCAGCAUGGCCGCUGCUGAGCCUUACUUAGAGCAGAGAGCACCACUAGGGCCUGACAACAAGCGAGUGAGUGAGAGCUCUGAGCUGGAUUGUAUCCAUUCCUUCUGCUUCCUCCCAGCCAAGAGAAAAGGCGGAAGCCACCUCGAGAAGAGUCAGAAGUAGCCCUGGGCUGGGUCCAGGACUCUUCUGUUUGGGGAGACCAGUGGGUUAGACUUGACUAGCUGCCGCCUUCUGUUCUUGGAAGUCUGCAGCUCCAGAGCACGAAUGUGCUCCUUUCCUCCUGACCUUGGAUCCAUCAUCAAGACAAUGAUUUCCUGAGCCAAUAAGUUGGGACAUCAAGAUGCCCUGAAAAGGAAGGCAGAACAAGGGCCCUAGGAAGAAAGGCCAUGUACCCUGACUCAAGGGAAAGAUGCUCUGUGGCUCUUAGGGAAGACUCAGGGGAAUGGGUUCACCUCUGGGGUGGACCCCAGGUAUAGUGCAAACAAGGAGACUGGCCUGUGUGCCACAUUUAUCUUUAGACCAAGAGAUGGUGCCCACCUUCAGCCUACCCUUUCCAGUGCCGAGUGGGUGUUGGAUGUGGGUGUCCUGUGGAGUCGGAUGUUUGUUUUCUCCUGGUUCCUUCUCAAGGAAGACAUGUGGAUUGACCUCCUGACUCAAAUCCUGUAGGGCUGAUGUUUUCAUGUGGCAGCUCCCAGCCAGCACCUAGGUGAGGCUGUUUCCCUGCGUCUGGGCCUGCAGCCAUUUGACUUUGGACCUGCACAGGGUUCCUGGCACCUGCGUGCUGGUGGCACCCAGCUGAUCUGUCCACACCUCACCUCGGCCACAUCAUGAUCUGGUGUGUGUCCUAAUGCCUCAUCUCUAUACUGCAGUGAGUGGUGCCAUCCUCCUACAGCCACAGCCGUGGCCUGGUGUGUUGUAGCAGACGCUGUCCCCAGUCUGGUGUUUCUGUUUGACAUUUGUUAAUGCUUGCGUCCAUGUAGUACCCUGGUGCUGUGUCAGUGUUGUGCACAUUGGACCAGACAUUCUGCUUUGUUGUGCACUUGGUGACUUCCUUCAUACGUGACUCCUCUGCUCCAUGGACAGCGGCACUGAUGCUCCAUGUUGCCUUCCAGUUGCUGCCAUGGUGCUGUGAGCAGAUGCUGUUGGUGCUGCUACUGGACAUCUAUUUUCUCAUAAAAGUAAAUGUGUUUCCAACUUGCUUACUGUGCUCUGUUGGGUUCCCUACAGUGUGAGCAAAAGUCCUCAAGGAAGCCACCAGCUUUCUUCACUGCGGACAACUACAAGACCAGGGUCCCAGCUCUCACUGUUUCUUGGGAGUGUCUAGAUGCUUCCAGUGACCAAGCUCAUGAGAGUACAAUGUGUAAUUCAAAAAGGUCACCGCUGCUGUCCAUGGGUGAGGGUGGAGGCUGUACAAAAAAGGCAAGACAUUGUCCUGCCUUUCUGACCCCAGAUAUUGGGAGGCCAGGUUAUGGUUUCGUUAGUUCAGUACCUGUAGUGGGGACCCUGAAGGAAACCUGAGAAAUGUCUGUUCAUUUUUCAUUUAGGGCAGUUCUCAAGAAGGUGUGAUUCUGCAAGGGACACUUAACAGUGCCUGGGGACAGUUUAUUUGAAGGGUCUGGUGAGAAGAGGCAAGGAUUUAGCCAAACCUCACAGUGCACAGGUCAACCCCAGCCUGGCAACAGGGAGCACUGGUGCCAUGUUACUCAGGAAACCAGGACUGAGUUAGGCUGUGCAGGCAGCAGAAGCAGCUCUGGCCCUGACCUUUCCUGACCCACUCUCCCACAGCCUCAGGACGAACCUUAACAUGAAGUAAAAGGGUCGCUUGGGCUUGAAAACCCUAGAGAAGCUGGGAUAAAAAUUAUGUGCCACCCAAAAAUGGGGUGGAGCUGGAGGUGUAAUGGAGUGACAAAACACACACUUAGCACCCCGGAGAUCCCCUGUUAAAGGGAGGUGGGGGAGGUCUGGAGAGAUGGCUCAGUGAUUAAAAGCACUGGUUGCUCUUCCAGAGGAUCCAUGUUUGAGGCUCAGCACCCACGUGGCAGCUCACAACCAUCUGUAACUCCAGCUCCUGGGGAAUCUGCCUCCUUGAGCUGCUCUCCACAGGUCCAGGCAUGUAAGCAGCACACAGACAUAGUAGGCAAAAAGUAAAAAGUAGAUCCCUCUCAUUGAGGAGUGUCAGUGUAUCCGGGACCCUUGGAAUGACACCCACAUUCUGGAGAGUGGCAUUACUUAGGGCUAUUCUAUCUGACCCUUGCUCAUCUUGCUCCAUUUCCCCCUUGCUUACCACAUCCCACCCUGCCUGUUCUCUCGGGUCCAAACUACUGCUAGCACUUCCACCUCAAGACCUUUGCACACACUAUUUCUUUUGAAUAUCACCUCUCCCUCCUUUGAUAGCACCUCCUCAGGUUAUCUCGGACAUCAAGCCUCCACUCUCCAGGUCACUAUGUGUGGAAUACCACUGGGGCAUGAGUGUAAGCCAAUAGAAAGUCUUUAGUAGCCAGCCAGCCAGCAACUAUAUGUGUACAGGAUCCCAUUGUAGCCUCAAGCCUUUCUCUGGGUGAGCUGUUAAGCACAGGAACCAUAUCUUGGAUUGACAUACCUCAGUUAACAAGAACAGUUAGCCAGAAGCAGAACUACAGAAGCCAAAAAGCAAGGUUAGGACAUUUAGAGAUUGUACCAGAACUAUGGACUUUGCUGAACUAGGUCUUGGGAUUUGUUUUGUUUUUGUAUGGUUGAUUUGGUUUGGCUUGGGUUUUUUGUUUGUUUUGUUUUUUGUCCAGUGGUGACGUCUAUGUGCUGAGUUUGAUGACCUGAAUGGUACUUUCAUCAUGGAGUCAGUACAGAUAGUGCUAAGGACCAUUAAUUUUACCAAAUUGUUGCAUAAUUGUCCAUAUAGUUUAAGAUGCAGGGCCCCACCAUUAAUAGAAUUAAAAUAAGAAAGGCCCAGGCAGUGCUAAUAGUGUGAGGGCUGAAGAAACUCCAUUCUAGCUAGGUAUCCAUCUUGGUACUCAACAGUCCCUGGAAUAUAAGUUCACAGUAACCCUGACUCAGUCACUCCCCCACAGAAAUGUACAGCCAUGACCGACUACUUGUUAUGACUUUUUUUGGUUUCUGUAACCUGCUUAUGCAGAUAUUCAAGGCCUAUUUUGAGGUCGCCCUGACUGCCUAACCGUGGCAGAGCAGCACAGCUCCUGGCUUGCUGGUGCAGACACUCAAUGUGGUUUUGCCGUUAUAAAUCCUUCCCUCGCCCCUUUGCACAGCAGUCUCUAGUUUGGCUCAGAGAUUGUUGUCCUUCUAGUGGUUUCAAUAAAUCUAACUAAUUAUAAUCCAGA